GAUCAAACUGCAUUAUAAAAUUAAGCAUACAUUUUGAUAAGCUGAUAUUACAUUUAUUAGAGUCUUGAAUAUAUUGAAUAUAUACCUGUUGAAUGUAUAACUUAUUUAAGCUAUUUUAUUUAACUUUAAAUAUUCUAAAUUCUAUAAGAGAUUAAAAUAUUGUAGAUUUUUAACAAAUAUUAUUAAAUGGAAGCGAUUGUAUCGCUUUAUGCGUUAUAAUUCAUGCAUAUAUAUAGAUAUCGAUCGCUUUUACGAGCAUUACGUUGCCGUAGUAACCAUACAAUCUACGAUACAUCCAAUAUAUAAACGCAUAAAAUAGCUUCUUUCUGUUCUUUAUUUCCUCGAAUUUUAUAAUUAUAAAAAUAUUAGUUAUUAGUGGAUACGGAUAAUUUUAUUCCCGUAUAUAAAGAGCUAUAAUGAUUCCACAAAAUGGCAAGGAAUAGCGGUAUUGAUAUUAAAAGUGUCUUUGACGAGUACCUGCAAAGGGAACAACAAUUUGAACAAGAAAUAGAAGAACGUAAUAAAUUACGUCGCGAAAUUCGUAAUAAGGAUGUUUCCAAAGUUUCUAACUCAUCACACACAUCGUCGACAAAUCUUCUUAUAAAUUUGGAAAAAUCUCGUAUUCGUAAUCAGACUCUUCUAAAGGAUUUGGAGAUGUCUAGAGCACGUCUGAGAACUUACGCGUCUUAUACGCCUACCGAUGCGGAAUUGCAGCAGAUUUCAUCGACUUAUCGGAGUCAUCUUCGUAGAAAUACGCAAAAUAAUUACCGGCGCACACAACGUGCACACAUACGAUAGGACGGCCAUGUAUUCAGUAGCUGCCCGAUAAGAAGCUGCUCAGGCCAAUAAUUUGCCGGGAAGUUGUAUAUAUUUUACAACAUCUUUCUGUCUUUUAUAUACGACGCAAACGCGAAUCUAGUCUUGACCUUCAUAGACUAUUUAUUUUACCGGCGUGACUUUUUGACCGUUAAAUUUGUUGGCAGAUUAGAUUCGUAGUUUGCUCCUACGUGCUUUAUUGUCGACCUCAUAUUCGUGUAACUUUUCGAACUGUAAAAAGAGUGCGCAAUUUAUGCAAAUUAUAUCGUAGCCGCAUGUCCUUGUACUUUACUUACCUUCUUACGCCCGCAAAAUAUAUUAGAGAGGAAUAUUAGAAAUUUGUGCGAGCGACAUGUAUAUGAAUGUUCUAUGCACAGCAGAAAAUUUAGAAAGACUGAGAGGCAUACGUAAAAUGAGACAAGGUAUAAUUUUGUAUUUCUACGUGGCAUAGCAGCUGAAUAAACGAAAUAAUGUUCUUACUUUUUACUCUGACCAUCGUAACGCCUGCAAACAUCUGUAUCAACAGCCUCAUUAUCUUGAGGGAUACUAUCUCUUUUAUACAGUUUAGUCAGAAACUCUACUCGACAUUCUCCACGAAUAUAUCCACAAAUUAAAAUCGAAAUCUUCGUACAAAUUUUCUGUGAUUUUGCAUAUGAUACAAAAUAUAUUUCGCAGCUCUCAUAUUUUAUGACACAUUAAAUUUAUCUAUCUAGAACAUUGUAGAUCACGCCUUUAAACUACUGAAGAAGUUUGUUUUAUGGGAUUGAUAGAGAAUAUCGCGUUUCACUAUAUUUAUUGUUUGCCCGUUUGCAGAAGCUUAAACCAGUAUAGCGUACAAGUUUGUUGCAUUUGUCUACCUAACUAUUGGGCAUUGAUGCGUUAUCGCUACCGCUAUCGUUCACUGAAUAAUAAUAAUAAUAGCGUG